AUGCGCCUGAAAAAAAAAAACUGUAGUUUGACAUCCGCACAAGAAAAAUUUUGCACCAAUCAUCUCUUCAAAAUUAGUAAACAUGUCAAAGGAAUCACUAACAAUAUGAUCAAUCUACAGAGGAACUUGCCUAAAAUUGUAAGUUUACUUAGUGGAAGGAUUAUUACACAAUGCCACAACUAUUCAAAACUAUCCACGCCUACAAGAAAGCCGAAAGGAGAAGAAAAAAUCAGUAAUCUUCUAAAGCAUUUCAAAAGGACUAAACGAAGAAAUGAUUUAACUGAUCCCACUCAUCCUAGUAAGAUAACGUACCGUGAAAUUAAUGAUUUUAUACAAGAAUACUCCCAAAGUCAUAAUUUACAAGUUCAGACCGAGAAUAUACGUAACUCGCUUGAUAUAAUUAAAAACUUUUUGCCCCACCAAAGAAAUCACGAUACAAUACUAGAUAAUGUCAAAAUCAGAGCCAUGACUUCUCUGGGUGAAGGGUUAGCUAUAGUUCACAAAUCCAUGUAUGCCCAUAACUUUACGUCUGAUCCCGAAGAAAUUUUGAACCAGUACACAGUAUUAAUAAUACCCAAAACAGCUAUUGGAGACAAUGCUAGAGUACUACUUAAAAUGCAUCACGAAUUUUAUGCAGAAGGUGAGCUUAUUGAAGUGCUUAAUUCCAAAUCUAAAGGAUCCAGAAGAAACGAUAGGCUUAUAGUAUGCGAAAAAUUCAAUGAAUGUAACGGAUGUCAAUUACAAAUGUUAUCGUAUGAGGAUCAAUUGAAGUAUAAACAAUCGGUGAUCCAAAGGGCCUAUAAGUAUUUUUAUCCUCAGAUUUUCAACCUGUUCAAAGAAAUGGAUAAUUUUGGUAUUGUUAAUGAAUCACCUUUACAAUACUCUUAUAGAACAAAAUUAACUCCACACUUUGCGGCAUCCAAUAAAGUUAACCAAAAACUCGGUUUCCAGCACGUUAACAACCGAGGAAGAUUGGAUAUAACCAAUUGUCCCAUUGCUACACCAGAAAUAAAUGAUAUAUUACUAGAAUCAAGAGACAACUACAUAGGGAAAUCAACACCUUUGACACAACUAACAUUGAGGCAAAGUCUUCGUAUCAAUCAAGACACUGGUGCCUUCAAGUCAGUGGCACUAGAAGGUCAAAAAAAAGUUAUCACAGAAAAAGUUGAGGACUUUUUAUUUCAGUAUGAUUCUAACUGCUUUUUCCAAAACAAUAAUGCAAUUUUACCCAGUGUUUUGGAUUACAUCAGAUAUCAUAUCAAUCAAUCUGAUAAAACAAUUGACAAUUUGAUUGACACAUAUUGUGGUGUUGGGUUUUUUGGAAUUGCCUUGUCCAAAUCAUUCAAUGAAAACACCAAGAUUUUCGGAAUAGAACUAGUGGAACAAGCCAUUAAAUAUGCCAACCAUAACGCUAAAUUGAAUGGAUUGGAUCCUGAAAGAGUUCAAUUUGUUUCUGGGGAUGCUUCAAAUAUAUUUAACAAUGAGAAGUUUAAAAAAUCUGGAAUUUCUGGAAAAAACAGUGUUGUAAUUGUCGACCCUUCCAGAAAGGGAUCCAAUGAAUCAUUUUUACAGCAAUUGUUGGAUUUUGAACCGGAAAUUGUUGUCUACGUUAGUUGUAAUGUUUUUUCACAGGCUAGGGACUUGGCUACAUUUGAAAAUUUGCAGCAGAAUACCAAUGUCAAAUACAAAGUUAAAGAUAUAAUGGGAUUUGACUUUUUCCCACAAACUAAACACGUUGAAUCCAUUGCCAUACUUGAAAAAGUGUAA